GCUGGCAGCAAGCUUCAGCGCAGGAGGAGAGAAUCACGGCACAAAGCACUGAUUACUGACAGAGGAUUUACAAAGGAAGGGUUUUGUUUCACAUAUACAUUUAUUGUAUUCAUCAACCUAAUAUUUUUCACAAUGAAGGAAAGGAGACUUACCCAGCCUAUGGUGGCGAGAUGUAAACUGGUGUUGGUUGGGGAUGUUCAAUGCGGGAAAACCGCAAUGUUGCAAGUCCUGGCCAAGGAUUCCUAUCCUGAGACAUAUGUUCCAACAGUAUUUGAGAACUACACAGCCUGUCUGGAGCUGGAGGACCAGCGCGUAGAGCUCAGUCUUUGGGACACGUCAGGCUCCCCGUACUAUGAUAACGUCCGACCCCUGUGCUACAGCGACUCAGACGCUGUGCUCCUCUGUUACGACAUCAGCCGACCAGACUCAAUUGAUGGUGCACUGAAAAAGUGGAAGACAGAGAUCCUGGAUUUCUGCCCCAGCACACGCAUCCUCCUGAUAGGCUGUAAAACAGACCUGCGCACAGACGUGUGUACGCUCAUGGAGCUGUCCAAUCAGAAGCAGACACCCAUCUCACAUGAGCAGGGUUCCUCCAUGGCCAAGCAGCUAGGUGCGGAGGCCUACUUGGAGUGUUCGGCCUUCACCUCAGAGAAGAGCAUCCACAGUGUGUUCCGUACUUCAGCCCUGGCCUGCAUCAGCAAGCUACAGCCCUCCACCAAGACCAGCCCUGCCCGACGCCUCUCCAAGAGACUCCUUUUCCUGCCCAGAAAGUCUGACCUCCUCUCCUCCACCUUCGGCAAGGACAAGGCCAAGGGCUGCUCCAUCAUGUGAGGGAGGGGGAAGACACCAGACUGGGGGGCCAGCGAUUCACUCCAUUGAACAGUCCAGCGGGCAAAAGGGGGUGCAAGGUGGUAGAGGGGCAAGGGAAUCGGAAGUAUGGGGGAAGGAAGGGGUUUCUUUAGAACCCCUCUGGCCUCCCCCAACAUCCUCCCCAGUCCCCACCCCUACUGACGCCCCACUUGAAAAAACAUGGUUUACUCUGUAUAGGAUAUACUGGUCCUCUUCAUGAUCACCCCCCCACAAACAAACAAACACACACACACACACACACUCGGGCGGUAGGUAGCCCAGUGGUUAGAGCGUUGGGCCAGUAACCGAAAGGUUGCUGGAUCGAAUACCUGAGCUGACAAGGUAAAAAUCUGUAAAAUUCUGAGCAAGGCAGUUAACCCCUGUUCCUCGGGUGCUGAAAAAGUGAAUGUCAAUUAUGGCAGCCCCCCACACCUCUCUGAUUCAGAGACUGAAAAAUAAGCCUCCUUCAUGUUCCACAAUUGAUCACCUGGGAUGACUCUCUGGAGUUGUCAUUCUUGUAGUGUGGCUGGCCAUUAUUGAUGAGAGUACAGGAUCAAGGCCUUUACAAAGAUGGGUCUCUCAUUCAUACUUAGUGGAGAGUGUAAGUAAUGGGGUAAAGGGUCUGCGUGGGUGGGAUGGGUGAAUUUGAGCCGAAACAACUAACAGGCUGGUCCUGUCCAAAGUAAGUUAUUUUUCAGUUUGUUUUGCUUUGAAGUCUUUUAAGUAUAAGGUGAUUUAUAUUUUUCAGUAUUCUUCAAAUUUGUAAUCUGCUUUCUGCCCAGUCCUUUUUAAUUGUAGUUGCUUUUUUUUUUCAUUGUUGUUGUACUCACUGAAGUCAUCUUGUAUUAGGAGCUGUCUACGACCCAGCUAAUUGAGGACUUCAUGAUUUGCACAGACAGGGGCUCUGAGUUGUUUGGACUUACAGAACACUGGAAUUUAAGGGUUGCUUAGCAACUGUGUGAGCAGCGGCAGAAGUCAGCAGAAUUGUGAUGAUGGGUGCAGUUUCUGGCUCUGAGAGAAAAGAAAGAGGGCUCCAACAGUUUUUUAUUUAUUUAUUUCACCUUUAUUUAACCAGGUGCGUCUCACCUUUCAUUUGUAGCAUGAGACCACUGCUAAGGUGACGGCUAGACAUUUCAGUUAGUAGUGCACUGCUGAAAAACAUCUGAAAAAUAUCUGAAAAACUAAUUUGAAGCCUCCGAACUCAGUGGCAGCUCAGUGGCUUGUGUCAGAACAAAAAAAGCUAUUUGAGUAUCUUUUAUAACCUGAGUUCCCAGCAAUGAGUGAAUAAGCUCCAAAUCUGCCUGGAGUGACUGAAACACUGUUCAGAAAAAAAGUCAAUUUGACUGAAUAUACAGCCGUCAUUAUGUUUCUGCUCCCACUCCUUUGCUAAGAACAGACCAUGUCUGGUUGUACAUAUCCUGCUUUAUAUGCCAUUUGUAAAGCUCCAAAAAGAAUGUUGUUGGAACAAAACUCAGUGUUUGUGUUAAGUAAAAUGGCUUCAACUUAAUUUAUUAAUGAAAUACUGUAUUGCUCAAUGUUGUCGUUUUAUUUUUGACUGUAAAUUUUGGGGUAGAAUUCUUAAUUUGAAUGGACACUGAAUUUCUUUUCUGUCCAUACGUUUUCUCUUUGGUUCUGAAUAAAGCUCACCUUUUGUUCAUCAUA